AUGUGGUCUAGCUGGUCUUCAAACACAUCAAAUGGAAACUCCACAUCUUAUCUUAAGGUAUAUGCGGGUACUUCAUAUAACGAAGAAGCUCUGCAAGUAGUGCCUGUCAACAAACAAGAUUUUAACAAUAUUGAUUACGACUAUGGCUACGGGAAUGUUAAACCCCCAGCCAACACAGAAAAGUGUAUAGAUUGUCCGCAAGUAAUAUAUCUUGAAUCAAAGUUUAUUUCUGCUCAGGUAGCAGUACGUAUCCAAGAUUUUAAGGAAAUUUCAAAUAAAACUGCAAUUGACUCAGUGUUGCAAACUUCAAAUGAGAGUUUCCAACCUCCAUUUAAUUUGAAAUUCGAUACAUCCACCAGUCCUUACUUUGAGCAUCCAUUACAUAAAUCAGAUCGCCUUUCAAUUCAAAUCACGUUGUGUUUUAAAGAAUCCAACUCACAAGCACAAUGUGACAAUGAACAGAAUCCAAUUAUUUAUGGAGAUGACUUAGUUUGGGGUAAUGAUUUUGAUGAACCUAUUCGCGACUAUCUUCCUUACGGUGCCGGUAUUGGACUUGAGAUCAUGAAACGAGUGAUUGAUCCUAGUGUUGAUGGAGAUAUUUAUUGUGAUAAACCGUACUUAUAUGGUUCUGCUUUAACUUCUUUUAAUAAAAUUCAAUUGGGAAAAAUAUCUUGCUCUGAUGGAAGCUUAAUUUGGCCAGGGAUUAUUGAAGAAGAUGAUAUAAACAGCAAAAGUCGAGAGUUUGCUAUUAGCUUGCCGGGAUUUAAAUUUAACGUAGAAAAGUAUAUCUCAACACCUCCCAAAGCAAGAGCAAGAUUGCGUUAUACACUUAAAAACCAACGUACUGGUGAUGUUUAUUUGGUAGUAGUUUUUGAGUUAAUUAAACUAAUUUAA